GUAUAGACUGGUAAUAACUGGAAAAAAAUUUUGUGUCAAAAAAAUAUCAAAGUGGAUAUCAUUUUGAAGAGCAUAAUUAAUCUGAUCUAACUGUGCAAAAAAAAUUAAAUUUCGACUUAAAACGAGUGAGAAAUCGCCCGUUAAAGAUUAAGAGAAGGAAAAUUAAAGGUUUUUCGAUGAGAGAGAAGGAGGUCCUGCUGUGGUCGGUCAAAAGUCAGCGCGUCAGCAAUAAAUAGGGGAUAAGUGCAUUUUACCUUACUGCCCUUCCGCAUUUAAUUUAAAUAAAAAAGUGGACUGACACGUGGAGAUCAGCUGAUGGGUUACUGAUGGGUUACUGACCCAUCAGUUACUGACACGAUCCGGACCCGGUUUACUAAUAUAUAUUUAGGGUCGAGGGGACUCGAAAUUGGGAAGGUGGCCGAGGGGAAGUUUCAGAAAGUCCGUCUCGGUGCCACUCCGGCUAUCCUCAGCUUGUGCUCCCCGAUUUCUCCAUCGAGGUAACGACGAUUCGAUUAUCUAUCUUCACUUUUUUCUCCCGUAAUGAUUUUCAACCAAGCGUUGAUUUUGGUUUCUAGGUUAAACAAGUUUACUGAAGUUCUGUUGUUGGUCGUUUGUGAAUCUACUACUGCUACAACAGCAUUGGUUGGUUUGUGGUUGUAGGUUGAAUUGAAAUUGGCAAUUUUACCGACUUUCUAUUGAUGUCGUUUGUGAAUCUGCUAGCUCUAGCAUUGGAGAUUCUAAGAUUUCAGGGUCAGGGGUCGAGAGCAGGUGAGAAGCUAUUGGUUUUUUGCUUUCACGGUUCUUGAACAAUCAACUCAACUGAAGCUACUGAAAUUUGUAGCUAGUUGUAGGACAAAUAUUUGGCUCGUGGUAUUCAUUAAGAGUCAUGCACUGCAGGUUUAUUUUUACAUCUGGUCUACCUUUGCAUAGCAUAUCAAAUUAUUUUGUACAUGAUAGUUCUUAAAUUUAGUAUUCAAUAAGCUUUCAUAAAAAACAAAGACUUGAUGGAGGGCCUCUAAACGGCAAGUUGAAGUUUUCCCAACUAUUUCCGUUCUUGCAUAUACUUGGAGUGGUGAAUGUCUACUUUGCUGAUGAAGGCAGUGAAGAAAUAUUCUGGCACUACAAUGUUUGCAGUCGGGUUUCCCCAGAAAAAAACCAAGCAGAAGAAGCAGUUGAGCAAACAACUUUAGUCCGACAACUGGCAGGUAGGACAUUGCUUGUUCAUGCAGAAACGUAGUAUGGCGUAGCACAGGCAAUCAUAUCUUCUGUCAAAGAUGUCAAGAGAUUUCCUUGGCCUGAAGUUUUGGAUGAUGAAUAGGAUCUAGCAGAGAAGAUGCUUAAUCCAUAUCAUAAACGUCUUAGAGGUUAGAGCUCAACAAGUGCUUUUUAGCUCUCCAGAUUGUAGUUUCGCUUAAAAUCCUUAUGGAAACUGUAAUUAUUUUCUGCACCCCUUCCCAAGUGAGUAAAUAACUCAUGUCUAUGGUCAACAUAACCAAGAAAAAAAAACAUCUCGUCUUGUUAUGAUGAAUGGAAUGAUCUAGAACUAGGGAGCUUUCAGCUUGGUCUGUAUGAUUUUGGAAGAACCUUGUUCAAGUAUAAGUGUUUGUUGAGAGUUAAGACAAUGAGCCAGAUACUAUUCUGUUUAAGAUUGAACUAUGAAGCCAUUUUUUAACAUUGUAUUUCCCAAUAUUCUUCAACAUAACAAUAAUAUCCCAACCGAUCACGGCGAUCUGCUUCGCCUUGUAAGAUUCAAAGAUGAAGUUUAAGGAAACAAGAAGGAAAGGUAAGAAUAAAGUUGGUCGUAAUGACAAAGGUAAGAGCUAUAUAAUCAGCCAGAUUCGAGCUACUGUAGUAUUCAGAAUCAGACACCAUGAGAACCAUCUGUAUGCACAAAAAUAAAAUAGGAAUGAUAAGAGUUCAUCUUCAGCAAAGAAUACGAUCAUACAUGCAUUUGAACCUAUCUGUUUCUUCCUUUCAUGUCAAACAAUGUGGUGGGUUUGAUUGAGGUCUGCUACUGCAACUAAUUUGAAACAAUUGUAAUUAGGCAAACCAGAGAAUCAUAACCAAACCUUGUUUUAGUUUGGGCAUGCUCUCUUUUGAAGGGUCCUAGAACCACAACAUUAACACUCUUUAGUUAGCUCCAUUCUCUUUUUUUUUCUUUUUGUAGAAAGAGUGACGCUUUAGUGUCUAAUUCGUAUUAAGAAUCGAUUGAUCAUGAGCAAUGCCCAUGAUGUCAUGUAACAACCAUUGUCCAAGAUUCGGGUCGCACACAUUGAAGUGGUGUGUGCCAAAAUUAACAAGGCGACCCCUACUAACUAAGAAGUCAGCAACAAAAUUAGCUUCCCUAAACACAUGUUCAAUCCUAACCUCCCAUUCCUGAUUCAAAAGAACAUCAAACUGCCUAGUAAGGAUCCAAUGUCUAUGGUUGUACGACAGUUCCUCGCAAUGCUAAUUGUCGUAGUAGAGUCCAUUCUAUACGUUGGAUUCAGCUUCAACGAUUCCGACAGUGGGAUCGGGCGCCCAGCCCGAGGGGGGCGACGCAGUGGGAGGGAUCAGAGCGUCUUGUACGAUGGCGGCAGAGCAGCUCGACCGAGACAGAGAGGCGCUCGGAAUCAGUGAUUCAUCAUUUUGUUUUGCAGAAUGAAUUUAGGAGGAGGAACACGGUGAAGGAGUUUAAUGCACGCGUAUGGUACAGACUCUAGAUUGGAUCGGUGAAGGUGAGGUUCGCCGGAGCAAUUUGUUAUUUAUUCAGACGGAGCACAAGAAUGAGGAUGACUUUGACUUUUCAGUUGCAAUUUGUGUUCGGUUCUCAGAGAGAAAAAAAUUGAAUUUAUAGGUUAAAUGAAUUUUAACUGAAUUAAUGAAAAUAAAAAAAUAAAAACGCCUAAGGUCGGGAAAUGGAAGAGUGAAGACGGCAUAAAGGUUCUCUGUCACCUUGGAUAGCUGCAAGUUUGGGCUGGUCAAAUGGUUUAUUGGGUUUGGGCUUAUUAGCUAAAACAAUCAGUGCCACGUAAUGUACAUAUGGACCAAUCACAAAUGGCAUCACCGAUGUCGUACUUUUAAUAGCGGCACCGUAGUAUUGGCCAUGUUUUAGUUGAUAAAAUGAAGCUUAAAUUCGCUU